AUGAACUUACCACCAUUAGGAGUCAAUCCAGACAUCUGGAGACCUUCAUAUGUUCGUGCACAUGCUCUCAUGCCAUUAAAUUCGAAGAAAUCUACGCCACAAAUCUCUGCAAACACCCUGGGACGCUCCAAUCUUCUCGCUAGCUCCCUAGUGGAUCAGCCUUGGGGAGACGAGAACACCAAUCUCAUGGCCUCCACAAGGUCGUUGGAGCGUGACGAGGAGAUGCGGCAGUUGUACCUGCGUAACAUCCGCACUCUCGGAUACACAUAUCUGAAACCCCCAGGGUUUUCCAAGACUCUGCAAGCAUGUCUGGACGAGGAAGACGAAGACGAGGAGGAAGACUCACCACAGAACAACCAGACAGAUACUCAAUUCGACGAAUUUGAGGAGGAAGAGGGCUCAUUUCUGGUGGUAGAAGAAGAGCUCGAAAUCGGAGGAGAGCCCACAGACAACACUGGCAGAACGCAUCUCACACUUGACACAAACACGGAGUUCAGUGGUCUGGAGGUCAGCGAAGAUGUGCUGUCCGGUGAUGGAGAAGGAGGUGAUCAGGGUAUUGAAGAGCGAGAUCUGGAUGAUGAUGUCCCGGAGGGAUCUGAUUACUACGAUGACUACGAUGACUACGAUGAAGCAGAGUACCAGGAUGACUUCUUGGCUGAGGAGGAGUAUGAUGACGGAAGCGAUGUUCUGGUCAACGGAACCCUUGACAGCAGUAUCACGAACAACACUCGCGAACUCAACAUUGGCAACACACCCAUCAACCCGCAUCGUGGCAACGUCAGCAACAUGACUCUUGGAAAUGUGAGUGUUGGCAACGACAGCAUUGGCAACGUGAGCCUGGGCAGCAUUGGCAACAGCAGCAGUCACAUGCGACGGUUUCUUUCCGACGAUGAUGGCGAUAUGAGUAUGGAUUUGGAGUAG